GGAGGCAGGCUGUGCCUUUUAGGUGACGGGGGCUUGCUGUAACAUGAGUCGGAGUGAAAAGCGUGCGGUGGAUCAGACUGCCAGUGCAGAUGCUCUUCGCCAAAGAGAGGAGGUGAAUAAUGGAUCCUGUCCCACUGCUGCUGCUGCUGCUCAUGUUCACCCAUCCGCCUCUCUCCCCGGCAGUCUACAGCGGCCCCUUGCAAGCGGAGAUCUCCAACGGCACUUUCCAUCACUUCUUCGUCCCGGACGGCGACUACGAUGAGACCGAGGACCCGGAGAAAUGCCAGAUGCUGUUUAAGUUUUCGGACGUGCGGCCAUGUGGAGGAGUGGAGGACGGCGACGCAGUGGUGCGGGACGACUUCAUCAUCACCAAGCAUUUGACCGAGGACGCCGCCAGGCUGCUGGAGAGCAUCGGGAGGACCAUCGCCUACGACCUGGACGGAGAGGACAGCUACGGGAAGUUCCUCCAGCGAGAGAUUUCUCAGAUAGCCGAGGCUUUUUCCAACGUGGACAAGUCUCUGGUGGAGCUGGAGGUGAAGUUCAAACAAAGUCAAGACAGCGACAUCAGAGAGGAGCACCAACUCAAUGGCUACAUAGUCAAGCCCAUGAAUGAUGUGAGGGACCUUCUGAGGGAAACUACGGACAUCUCUCUGGGACUGAAGGAUAAGCAUGACCUGCUGACCCUCAUCAUCCGCAGCCAUGGGUCAAGACUGAGCCGCCUGAAAACAGAGUAUCUCAAAGUAUAGUGUGUGUGUGUGUGUGUGUGUGUGUGUGUGUGUGUGUGUGUGUGUGAGAGAGAGAGAGAGAGAGAGAGAGAGAGAGAGAGAGAGAGAGAGAGGGACCCUCCAGUUCAAUAUAAAACUGGAAAGUUCAUUUUGGCUGAAGAAUGUUCCUCUUAAGUAUUCUUAAGUAUCUCUGACCUUUAUCCUCAUUCCUUAAAUGUAUCACUUGUUAAGGAACUCCAGCAAAAACAUUAACACAUUCCACUGAGUCAGGAGGACACAGGGGGGAAAUGAAACACGAACCUAAAUUAUGCCAGUAUGGGCCUCUCUGAGCAAGACAUUCUUCACUUACAGAAAAUACAGUAUAAAAAUAAAGUCCCUUUAAAUGGAAAUAUUGGCCUGUGUGUCUUACGAAAACAGGCCACUGGUUCAGUGUGUUUAACUCUUUUACAAUCUGUUAGAGCGUAUUCCCAAGAUUUUGUUUUAAUCACUUAUCAAAUAAAAGCUCAAAAUAUUUAUCAUACAUCUGAUUUUUUUUCUUUAUCUCUGUUCCAAAAGAAAAUUAUUCUGCUUUGUAGCACUAAAUCCAUUACAAGCCCCACUAACUUCUCUUGAGAUAAUGUUGUAUUGCAGCAUAAAUGUGGUGCAUAAUGGCAACCAUAAGACGCGCUCCAUUCUGCAAAGCCUCAAAUGUGCAUAAACAAUGAGAUCUUUGAAAUCUGAACUUGUGAUUUUUGCACAUUUACACCAGUUGAAAGGCACUGACCCUGUCCUGUCAUUUCUUUGCGUCACUUUGUUUGUUGCUGGCAUUACAAAAGAGUUCAAAUUGAACAUCCCUUCAAGUGGCUGUGGUUAAUUGGCGUCUGAAGUCUGUCAUUUCCUCCCACUGCAUCUGGAAGUCAUCUACUCGAGUAUGAAAUAUUUUGUCCAAAAGGAAACCACGGUCGUCACAAUCUGCCCUUUUUGCUGUGGCAAUCUUUAAAGAUUGUGGUUGAUAUGAAAUGCUUUUGUGUUGAAAUUGUGUCUGUGGGUAUCCCUUUCUAUCUAGGGUAUUAGAUGACAUCAUUUUGCUGAAAUUACAUUAUUGCAUGUCUGAAUCUCUAUCGAAAGCUCCUGUUCUGAUUUGUUGACAUAUGACAUCUCAUUUCAGCCAGAUGUUUUUACUCAGAAUCCCCAAGGCAUUAACUCUGCCCUACAGAGUGAAUCACACAAAUCCAACCAUUUUCUGCAUAUAAAUGAUGCACUUUGUAGCUCCCCAGAAUCUAAUACUUUGAAUGCCUUUGAUACUAAGCUGCAUAUUCUCCCCUGCUAACCAUUACUUAAAAUGUUUUAUUUCUGCCAACAACCGCUGCAGCAACCAUAAAGUAACUGCUAAGCGUGACCACUUUUUUACAGAGAUAAUGUCUCUGUAGAUGUGAAGGAGCCAGAUGGGCUGCCAUGGGUGCAACUGGGUGUGAUUUCCUCUGUCUGGUUUUCCUCACAGUCCAGCUUCCCCUGAGGGACCUCCUUUCAAAAACAGCUCUCUUUAGCCCAGCACA